CAAUUGGGCAAUCUCAUUUGCAAAAACAAAACAACAAAAGCAUUCAAAGUUGAAUUUCUUUUAUCUUCGGCGGCCUAACCCACAUUUUUAUUCCCGCGCCCUUGUUUGGCUAAAACAAACUUACUUUGAACCCUUAAUUGUAUGUUCCACACAUACGCCGUUGAUUAAGUUACUAAACCAAAGACCCUCCCCCCUUCUCCUUCUUUCCAUCAUAUUGAGAAAUGCAGCGUUUUAAGUGGCUUUCCAAAACCCAAUCUUCUUUCCAUCUGCUAAACAUCGUUUUGAUCUCUUCUACUGUUUGUGUCACCUAUAUUAUUGCAUCAGCAUUGCUACUCCACAACUCAAACUCACCUCCAAAUGUGUAUUCCUCCUUCCAAGACGCUUAUGGAUCGACUGGCUUGGAGCAUAUCGUAUUCGGCAUAGCUUCCAACCAGAAAUCAUGGCUGAAGCGAAAGGACUACAUCAAGAUAUGGUGGGAGCCUCGUCAAAUGCGUGGAUGUGUGUUCCUCGAAACCAUGCCCCCUAAUGCAACAACUUCAACGGAUGCUGACGCUACUCUGCCUCCGUUAUGCAUCUCCGAGGACACUUCAAGGUUUCGCUACACUUUCAAAGGUGGCCUACGGUCUGCAAUUCGAGUGGCGCGUAUGGUUUUAGAGACCGUCGCUCUUAACCAUACCAACGUACGAUGGUAUGUCUUUGGGGACGAUGACACGGUUUUCUUCCCACAAAAUCUGGUGAAGACGCUUUCUAAAUAUGAUCAUCGGCUUUGGUACUACAUCGGAUCUGGCUCCGAGAUUUAUCAACAAAACAAGUAUUUCAGCUUUGAGAUGGCAUUUGGUGGAGCAGGUUUUGCCAUAAGUUAUCCGCUGGCUAGAGUUUUGGCAAAAGUGUUCGAUUCAUGCAUAGAACGAUAUCCUCAUCUUUACGGAAGCGAUUCCAGGGUCUACUCUUGCUUGGCGGAGCUUGGUGUAGGAUUGACAAGGGAGCCAGGCUUUCAUCAGUUUGAUGUUCGAGGUGAUGCGUUUGGCUUGUUAGCUACCCAUCCUUUGACACCCUUGGUUUCACUACAUCAUAUGGAUCAUGUGGACCCAAUCUUCCCCAACAUGACUGCUACAAAGGCAUUGGAGCAUCUAUUUCAUGCUGUAAAUGUUGAUUCUCAGAGAAUUUUGCAACAAACAGUCUGCUAUGAUCGUUGGUUUUCGUGGACGAUCUCAAUUUCAUGGGGUUAUGCUGUUCAAGUAUAUAGUAAACACAUGUUCUUACCAGAUGUUCUCUCUGUGCCAGAAACAUUCAAGCAGUGGACACCAGGCGGUGUUUUAGCAGGAUCUUACACUUUCAACACUAGGGAAUUUCACCCUGAUCCUUGCCAAAGACCCACAAUUUUCCUUUUAGAUACUGUAUCUUCAGGAAGGCAUGGGAUUAUGACUGUUUACAAGAAAUCUUACGAAAAUUGCACACUUGACAAUGGCUCACCAAGGAAACUUGGAGAAAUUAGAGUCUCUACCAAGAAGCUAGACCUCAAUUACAAACAGAUGCAGGCUCCAAGACGGCAAUGUUGCGAUGUGUUACCUUCGAAAUCCGGCGAACUUUUGGACAUCGCAGUAAGGGAAUGCAAUGAAGAUGAACUAAUUCACAUGCAUGCAUAGAUGUUUUGAACUUCAAAAUAAAUUUUCUUUUAUUCAUUUAUCAUAUCAGGAUAGAUUUCUCAAAUGUUAAUAGAAUAAUAGGUUCUGGAGAGCCCCUUAAAUCCUGCAAUUAGAUUCGGUUAUCCUCUUUGCCGGCCUUCUGAAUAGCUGUGAUCUAAAAGAAGCUUCAAACAUACCACACUGUAGAGUUAGUCAACACUCGAAAUUGUAGCUGUUAAAAUACUUGGGAAUUACUCAAAGGAAAUUCGUUUUUUUUUGGUUCUUCAUUAAA